AUGGCAGGGCGAGCGGGAGGGCGCGAGCGGCGAGCGGUGCAGAGGAUCCGAUCGAGCGAACUCGUGGCGACGACGAGGAAGAGACAAGACUACGAGGACCAGCAGCAACACGCUGCUCCCUCCGAGGACAAGAGGCUCAAGAGCUCGGAUUUGGCGAGCAGCGCAAGCAUUGUUGCGAAGCGAGGAGGUGGAGCUCGGGGAAGAGGGAAGAAGGCGGAGGGUGGAGCGAAUAGAAAGCAAGCUGUGUGCAUGAACAAUAACAAAGACCAUCAAGAGGAACAGUUCUCGGAAUCCGCAUCCAAGCAUUCAGACGAUGAUGACUUGGACUUGCCUCUUUCGAAGCGACGAAGAACCUCAGAGCGCGGCCAAGAUGAAGAGAUCAAGAAAGAGAUCAAGAAAGAUGAGAAAAUAGAUGUUGCUUUGGUCCGAAAGCAGCUGGCUUCCAUGCUCGACAAAUUGACGAUUGAAGAAAUAAGAGCUUUAACGUCAAAAGCUUGCCGCAGACAACUCGAGCAGCUGAUGGAGCUAGAGGAUGGAAGCUUGGAACGCAUGAAGUCUCAGAUCGAUGAAGAGCUUCUGAAGGUUUAUAACCAAAAGGAGCAAGCUGCCGUAGCAACGAGCGUGCACCAUGGCAAGGAUCAUUCAGAAGGCGAUCGGUCCACUCGCAAGGAAGGGAGGGGAAAGGCAGAGAGAGGUGACAAACAGUCCAAAGAAAACCUUGAAGAGCGAGAAAACGACAAGAGCGCCACGAGCUCCAAGAGUAGAAGUGCAAAGACAAAGGAAGGACGAAAACCACAAACUGUUGACAAGGCUGACAAGGCUGAGAAGAAAUCCAUGGUGGACAUGGUGGACCCAAAGCAGCAAGCGCUGAUGAAGAAGAAAGACAAAGAGGAGUCAGCUGAAGAUGCCAAAUCGCGGCACAAGGAGCUCAAAGAUACGAGGGAGAGCGAGAAAGGGAAGAAAAUGACUUCAUCGGACGUGAAGAGUGGGAGGAAGCCGAAUGAUGGGAAACCGAACCACCACGAGCCCACACAGGACCGAAAGCCAAGAGAGAAGGGGGGCAAACCAGAUGAUGAAUUGAAGGAGGAAAAAGAGGCAAAGUCACAGGACAGAAGCGAGAGCAAGAUAAGGGUCGACAAGAAAGGAGACAUCGACGAAGAGGACGUGCCCCUGUCAACCUCCAUUGACCCCACCAGUCAAAGUGUGCACGCGAGCUCCGAUGAGGGCAAGGUAGCGAAGCAAGAUCAGGAGGACGACGAUGCUGGAGCCGGUGCCAACUUGUUCACUAGAAGAGCAAGCUCAGGGGCCUCGCUUGCAGUCUCCCUCCCUCCUCUCAUCCCCCCUUCCACCGAUUCCUUCCGUUCUAACGAUGCGAACCUCUUCGUCGCCUGCCCCAUCAAGGACCUAGAGGAGCUGCAGAGCAGGGAGAUCGAAAAAUCGUCUGGGGGUGCCCAAGAAACUACCGCCAAGCCCUCGACGUUCGUCCCGUCGAAACCAGCGACUCUUCCUAGUAUUCCAAAGAGGCACAAGGCCAACGCCCCCUCCCUGAGCAGUGGCGACGGGCCAGGCAAGACUGGGGACCUUGCUUCUGAGCUGGAUCAGUACGCGUCCGCACGGCACUUCGGAGACAUCCUCUGUCUGUGGAAUGUUUUGUCGAAAGAACAGGUGGAGGAGUGCUGGAAGCUGAGCAGUGGGAUGCCUGACAGGUUUUCUGAGCUUGUCAUAGUUAAGCACGGAAAGGAGGUCAGGAUCUUCAUUGUCCUUAGCGAUGCCUAA